AUGAGCCCGUCGCGGCGCACGAAGGGGCACCUCGCCGCAUCAGCGCCAGUUGCGCUGUUACAAGUCACCUUUGAUCGUCGUAUUUCAGCUGUCAUGGAUAUGGUUGCGAUUAUGGAUGCUGAAACCGUGUUAUCAAGUUCAUCGCCUGAUGCCGAGCAACCACAGCCCGACGCAGAUGGCAUAUUGUCCGACGCUGGCGUCCAAGUUUCUGAUUCAGACCACGAUGGCGACCUCAACGCUCAGAUCGCACACAGCGUACGGCGUGCAGCGCUCGCACUGCACGCUGGAACCGAUGGGGACGGGGCCGUUGCCGUUACCGUGGCAUUUGGGCUGCUGAAUGUUCUGCCGCAUUUUGGGCCGGACCUGCAGGUCGAUGUGGCCGAGUGCGAUGCUCUGACGCCUGUUCUGGCCGCAGUCGCGCGUGGCGGUGCCCACGUCGACCUCCUGGCGCUGUUGUUUGCGUAUUGUGCAGUGCGGCCGGCGCUGGCGACGCUUGCGGAUGCUUUUGUCGCUGCUGUGGACGCAGACGUGCAACUCACGCGGAUGCUGCGCGACGUGUGCGUGGACGCUGGGAACGGGUCGCAAGCGGGCUCCAAAGCGGGCUUUUACACGGCGAUCGCGCGCCUGGAGCAGUUUGGCGCAGUUGACGCUGCCGUGCUCGCGUUUUUGGACCUCGACUUGGGUCCCACGUUGCUGCACGUCUGGAUCCCCGCGUGGAUGCAUGCACGCAACUCUGCGCUUGCAUGCACGCCGUCAGAGGCGCUGCUGGAUGCGCUAAUUGCGCGCCGUAGCGGGGACCUGGGCGAAUGGCGCGAGUUGGCGAAAUCUACGGCCGCACCAGCGCAAUUCUUCAUGUACAAGGCUUCGCAACGGGCGCUCCAGCAUUCUCACCAGAUGCCCAUCGCGUUUUAUGAGCUUGCAACUACGUUUAUCACUUCUUAUGUCGGCCACGACAGCGUGCGCACCGGCCACGACCGUUUGGCGUUCAAUUUGACAGUGCUUAUGGAGCUGCUUGAUCAUCGCGAUCUCAAUUUGCUGUGCGAACCGCACUUGGUGUUGCUCUUGCACGUAUCAUUGCAAAAUAUUGUACGUUGCUGCUUGGAGGGCCACGCUCGCACGCUGCACACGAAACUGCGCACGUUAGGAUCCAUUUUAAGCCUCCCAGCACUUCUCAACAUGCUACAAUACCUAAUUUGCAAGUUCAUCUUGAGCGUGGGUAACACCACACUGUGCGCGAGACGCAAAGCUGCGAUACGCACGGCCACUCGAGCUGACAAUUGCGACGAUGUUGCGGGCGAUUCCGACAACUGGUUCAAGCUCCGUACCAAGUACGAAUUACCGGCGUGCUUCGAUGAGAUCUUGCCCUCUAAUGCACCCGUGCCACGAUCGCUGUUCGGCUAUGCGGAAAGCAGUGUGGAGUCCGAGCCUCAGGCCAAUAACGCAACCGCAAUUCUCCAGCUCCUGUUGGAGUCACUAGGCAUGUUGCUGCGCAUCAAUCGUGCGACAUUGGACCUCUAUAAGGAAAACAAGGUGGGUGCAUUGGAUAUACAGGGCUUACAAUCGGAUUUGCGUGUCGGCAUCCACCAACGUGCAGUCCGCGCACACCUCGAUUUGUACUACAUCUCAAACUUCGCGGUGCUGGUGUUGUCAGAGCAACUGCGUGACCCAAAUGGGCUCUCGUUGCUGCUGGGGCAUUCAGCAGCAGCAUUACAAAGCCGACUCAUGCUCCGAAACGCCCUCAAAUGUUUCGAAUCGCUCAUGUGCACACAUUGUGACAUUGCGCUCUACAACCUUGUGCGGUUUGCGACUGAGGUUUCUGUGCUCGACUUACUUCUACAACGCCAAUGUAUCACAGUUUUUGUGCACUUGUUCUUCCAUGCGCGCACUUCUCAAAUCCGGGACUUGUGCAUGGCGAAUGAGCUCACUUACAGGGCACUUCGUGACUACGUGGAGAUUUGGAACGAUGGUGGGGCGCAUUACACCGGAUUCUUCGAACAAUUGUUUGGCACGUCGCAACCUGCCGUCACUACCAGGCGCAUGGCAUUACGCGAUCUGCUUCCUGACGACCUCCUGCACAAUACUAAGAUGCUUACUGCUGCAGCGCCUGUAGCUCCGCGAGACCCCACACCCACACGCGCUGCUGUGGUCGCCAAAGGCUCAAAGUCUCGCUACAAUGCCCACGCUACCUCAUUCGUGCCCGCCAGCAAGGCAUUUUCCCGCAAUUUUCUCGACCAAGGGACAUCUUUCACGCAGUUGCGGCCCACCGCAACUGCUCAACACGACUUGCUCGUCCCACACACUUCUCUUAGCUCAUCCACUUGGGAUUCGUCCUGUUUCUCUGAUUCGAGUGUCCCCACAACUUCCAGCGCAGGCGUUGUAAGUACGGGUAAAAACUACAUCCUGGGAGGCCAUAACAGAGCCACAAACAAUAGCCGAGCACAAUCCGUGCACGUUGACGUUUUUGAGAACAGAUGA